AUGGUUAGAUUUACUAGCAACCAAAGAGAGAUUGAAAGAAAAAAGGCAGAAUUUAGACGUCUAAAUAAGAGAGUAAAAGAAGUUGUUGAAAGGAAAAAGAAAGAAAAAACGGAUAAGAAUGAUAGAAGGAUAUCUGAUAAUUUCCAGGCUAACAUAAAAAUGUUCUGGAAACUCGUAGGAACUGCCAGGGGAAAUACAAAACAGCCUAUAAUGAAUGCUAUAAGAGACGAGAAUGGAUGUAUUCUGAAUGAUGAAGCUUCGAAUUUAAACAGAUGGAAGGAAUACUUUGAAAGCGUGUUUAUGAGUGAAGAGUCGUCUGAAUUAAAUGAACUAGAAAUUCCGAAAGAAGUGGAAAGGGGUAUGGAGAUAAGUGUAGAUGAAAUAAUGAAAGCAAUGAAAAGCAUGAAAGCAGGUAAGGCAGCUGGAUAUGAUAGAGUAUCACUCGAGAUGCUAAGGGCUGGAGAGGGAGUGGUGGCAGGCUUGCUGUACACCUUGUUUAAUUUAUGUUGGGAAUUAAAACGGGUACCGGAUGACUGGUGUAAAGCAGUUAUAGUACCAAUAUAUAAAGGAAAAGGGUCACAGCAGGACUGCAAAAACUACCGUGGUAUCAGCUUGCUUAGUAUUGUGGACCAAAACCCCAAUAGGGUCAACCCCGACCUUAUGGACCUGUGA